AUGGAAGUGACGUUGAUAGCUCAACUUCCCGGCAUCGGAACACGAAAUCGAAUAUACCUUCCGGGCUGCAAACUACAAAAUAACCUUCAAUCCAUUCGACUCUUCAAUCAAAUACCCAUCGAUUUACACCUCCCGAAAUUUCCUACUAAGCAACUUUCUCCUUCUCCAAUGGAGCUACGACGGCCGCCGCCAGUUCAUCUCUCGAUCGCGCUCGCUUGCUUGCUCUUUGUCUCCUGUAGCGCAGACCCACAACCACCGGACGACGUCAUCGAGCUGAUACCGACGCCGGCGACGCGACUACACGGCGGCAGCGUUCUCCGGAUGCGGCGGGGCGCGCCGUUCAAGAUCGCGAUCUUCGCCGACUUGCACUUCGGCGAGGAUGCCUGGACCGACUGGGGCCCGGCCCAAGACGCCAAUUCCGCCAGGGUCAUGUCCGACAUUCUCGACGCUGAAAAACCAGAUUUCGUGGUGUAUCUCGGAGAUCUCGUAACUGCGAACAACGUCCCCAUCGCGAACGCGAGCUCGUACUGGGGCCAGGCGACAUCUCCAGCACGCGAGAGGGGCGUACCGUGGGCUAGCGUUUUCGGCAACCACGAUGAUGCGUCGUUCGAGUGGCCAAUCGAGUGGUUUUCGGGUCCUGGGAUUCCCGAGGUUCGUUGCCCCGACGAAACCAACUCGUCGUGUUCAGGGGAAGUGCGGUACUCUUGUAGCUUCAAGGGCACUCAACGUCUGGUGCUGAUGAAAAAUGAGGUUGAGCAGAACGCACCACUGUCACGCUCCAAAUUCGGACCUAAGGAGCUGUGGCCUAGCGUAUCCAACUAUGUCCUUCAACUCUCGUCACCCGACGAUCCGAAAUCGCCAGUUCUGUUCAUGUACUUCCUGGAUUCUGGUGGAGGGUCGUAUCCAGAGGUCAUAUCGAGCGCCCAAGCGAAGUGGUUCGAGCGAAAAUCGAGAGAGAUAAACCCUGAAUCGAAGGUACCUGAGAUUAUAUUCUGGCACAUUCCAAGCAAAGCCUACAAGAAGGUGGCGCCAUGGUUUGGAGUUCGCAAGCCUUGCGUCGGCUCCAUCAACAAGGAGGGCGUAGCUGCUCAGGAAGCCGAGUUUGGUAUCAUGGACAUGUUAGCCAAAAGACCUUCUGUCAAGGCGAUAUUUGUAGGGCACAACCAUGGAUUGGACUGGUGCUGCCCUUAUGAGAAGCUCUGGCUGUGCUACGCCAGGCAUACCGGCUAUGGCGGGUAUGGGAACUGGGCCAGAGGAGCCAGAAUGGUGGAGGUAACUGGAGAGCAAGACUUCUCUCUCAAGUCGUGGAUAAGAAUGGAGGAUGGCAAAGUGCAUAGUGAAGUCGUUUUGAGUUCUUGAACAUGCAACAAAGUUGUAAAUAUACAACCUUACCUUUUUUAGUGGUGUGUUGUACUCUACAUUUAUGCGUAUUCAUUGAUCAACCACUAUUUAUCAAUGAUAAUACGUUUGAAUUGUGUCAUACCGAACCGAUAU